AUGGAGAAAGACUUGAAUGUAUCAUACAUCACUCUAGGUGGUCAUGUGGAAGUGAACAAAUACAGAUAUGUUUAUUUUUUGAUCAUGCUGAUGGUUUUUAUUCUCAUAAUCUGCUUUAACUUCACUAUUGUGGGCCUUAUUUGGGUACACAGAAACCUCCAUGAGCCUAUGUAUGUUUUCAUUGCUGCUCUGCUGCUUAACUCAGCUGUUUUUAGCACUGCUAUCUACCCAAAGUUGUUCAUUGACUACUUGUCUGAAAAACAGAUCAUAUCAUAUUCAGCCUGCCUUUUCCAGUUCUAUCUGUUGUACUCCCUGAGUGGAUCAGAGUUCCUUCUGUUGGCAGGCAUGGCCUAUGAUAGAUACGUGUCUUUGUCUAUCUGUAAACCUCUGCAGUAUCCCAGCAUCAUGAGGAAGACCACGGUGGGGGUUUUCCUGGGUAUAGCCUGGCUAUUGCCCGCUUGUCAGACUGCAGUGGCAGUAAUAUUGAGUGCUGAUAUGAGGCUCUGCACUUUCACUUUAGAUGGAAUUUUCUGCAACAAUCUGAUUUAUGAUCUGCACUGUGUGACUUCACAGGCACUUUCAAUAUUCGGCGUCUUCGCUCUGCUGUAUGCCGGGCUUUUCCCUAUGGUUUUUAUCCUGUAUACCUAUACUCGGAUACUCAUAAUAUCCUUUCGAAGUUGUGGGGAAGUCAGGAAAAAAGCUGCACAGACAUGCUUACCACACCUCUUUGUGUUAAUCAGCUUUUCCUGUUUAUGCACGUAUGACAUCCUCAUAGUACGGCUGGGCUCUGGUUUAUCUAGAACUGUACGCUUGAUUAUGACUUUACAAGCAGUUUUGUAUCAUCCUCUAUUCAAUCCUAUUAUCUAUGGAUUAAAAAUGAAAGAAAUUUCUAGACACCUCAGGAAGUUGUUCUGUCAAGCAAAGGUCAUCUGA